UGAUCGGGAUUGGGCUGUGGGUUUGUUACAGUUGUCGGCUUUUCUAACUUCGACGAAACACCAGCUGACGUGUGCUGGUGGUAAAUUGUUUUUGUUUAGGUGUUUUUUAUUGUUGUUGUUGUUUUUUGCUUAGGUUAUUUAAUCAGAAAAAGAUUAAUGUAACUUCGGAGGAAGAAGCGGCAGAGUUUGUUCAGGAAGUUUCGCAUUCAUUAAACUUCUCUUCAAACCAUGGCGUGCGCGGGGAACGGCAUGUCAGAUGAGAGAAUCGGGGAAGCCCUGAUCAAAGAAGUCAUAGAGGAAGAGCUGAAGGAUGUGCCCUCAGAGGAUGUCCCGCCUCUCACUCCACUGACUGUGGAGGUGAAGACUGAGCAGGAGGAGAAGCUGGUCAAGCAGCUGAGCAAAAUGAUACGUAUCGUCGGUGACAGAGUGCAGCAUGACCAGGAGUUUCAAGAUGUGAUAGAUGGUGUGGCUUCUGGCUCUGGCUCCAAGUCAGAGAGAUUCAGACAAGUGGCAGACAAAGUGUUUGAGGACGGCAUCACCUGGGAGAGAAUCGCUGUGCUCAUCUAUGUAGCCGGCAGGCUUGCUGUCAAGAUGGUCGAGGCUCACCUCCCUCAGUCAGUGAGAGAGGUCCUUACCUGGGCAGUGAACUUUUUCAAAAACAAUCUGCUGGGCUGGAUUCAGGAUCACGGAGGUUGGAUCAACAGCUUCUCAGAGUUGGCAGCUGCAUCCAUCCAGAGGGUGUCAUCAAUGAGCUCUCACAGCUACGGCCUUAUCAUCAUAUUCCUCGCUGGCAUGUCUAUAGGAAGCUUCAUCACCUGGAGGCUGACCAGACAGUCCUGAGUCUGACACACACACAAAAAACAUUCAUAUUCGGGACCGGAGUCUCUAGUCUGUUUUUGAUCACAUUGGUUUAAUGUCUCUAAACCACUCAGCUCUUCUUUUCAAUCUUCUCUUAUCUAUGCAAACAAAACUGAAAAUCCAAAAACAGCAGUGUUGUGGGGGGAAAAGUGUUUAUUGUGUAACGAUGCAGGGUCUUCUGAACCAAAUGACCUGGUCAGACAUCCUGUUUCUAGUCAGAGGAGAAAAAAAGUGAAAACUUUUUUAAGCAUUUUCAGGUUACAGUUGCUGCCUGUUGAAUUUGACUCUUGGCAAUAUAGUGUAUGUGAGAAAGGAUGACGGUAUUUAAAGCACUUUGAGUGCGCUGGGAGAGUAGAAAAGCGCUACAUGAGAGUCAGACCAUUCACCAUUUAUAUGUGAGAGAUGGAGACAGAGAGAAAGUGUUGCACCGCCUCCAUCUGGGGUCUUGCCUGGUAUUGUAGAUGCAGCCUUUAAGGACCAUGUGCUUAGAGCCAUGAUUAGUCCCUCUGUGCUGUCCUUCAGUCCAGCUUGGUCCAGCCACUGGUAGGAUUUCUUGAUAUCAGCCACUUUUUCCCCUGCCAUGCAGGGCCUAUCCCUUUCUCAGGUUUCACACAUCAGUUGUAAUACUCAGGAAUCUUUGCUGUUUCAUCAUGGAUAGUGGAUCUGACACUAACUAGUCCUUGGCCUCCUUCCACUUAGUGUACAGUUUCAGGGUGCAGACUUGGGGUGAAACCCUCCAUGCGUGGUAGGAACUUCCUUGUCUUGAUGUCAGAGGCAUCUCCUCCUUUAGCCUGCUUAUUAUCCCAGCAGUGUACCUGACGAUCGGUAGGGUGUAGAUGUCGAUCUUGGUCUUCCCAUUCAGCUAACUCCUCAGGACGUGCCUUACUCUCUGCAGGUAUUUGGUAGUUGCAGCAUUCCUACCGGCCUCUUCAUGAUUCCCAUUUGUGUGGGAUUCCCAGCUACUGUUCUCAUUGUCUGCAAUGUUGCCUUCUGGUAGUAUGAUCUCCUCAGUUCUGACUUGCUUCCCUCUCUUUGUUACCCUCAGACUAUGUUUCUCCAGUCCGAGUGACAUUCUGAUGUCAUUACUGUAAAUCCUAGUGACAUGGAUCAGUGAAUCACUCAUAUAUACUUCUUAUAUACUGCUUUUUUACUCUUCUUGAGCAGUCAAAGCACUUCUUAUUACUUGACAUAUUCACCCAUUCACAUUCAUUCAUACAAUCAUUUUUUUCUACGUAAGGGCUUUCUAUCCAACACUCAUACGCAUUUAUACUCAGAUGAAUGCACCAGGCAUUCGUAUCUUGCACAAGGAUAUGCAUAUAUGUUGAACCAUCAAACUUCCAGUUAGUAGUUGACCUGUUGUGCCUCUUACAGCCCCAGUGUUAUGUUCUGUUUUUCUGCACUGUCAGUAUCAGACAGAGUGGAGUCAUACUUUUCAAUGUGCUGCUUUAUUCUGUCAUUAGUUCCAUGUCCUUCCUUUUUAUUACUGUUUGUACAUAUUUUGUAUGUCACAGACAAAAAGUCAGUGUUUUUCUUUUUCUGUAUUGCUUUUAAUGAGAAAAAAACAGAAAUAAAGCCUCGAUAAAGGA